AUGCAGUUCAAGGCCUACUUCUUCACUCUUGCCAUCGCAGUCAUGACUAGCGACAUGCUCCCGACCGUCAAAGCACAGUCUCUGGCAUGCAGCGAUGCAUCCAUCUGCAAGACCGUCUGCAGCGGCGUUCUGAGCACAGUCUGUCUUGCUGCUGGCAGUUGCGAGACUUGCUGUCAGACCAUCGCCGGUGACGUCUGCAGCGCUGUAUGCUCAAUCCUCGGUACCGGUGCCAACGCUACCUUCACGAGCAGCGUCUUUCUUCCCAACAGCACGACCUUCGCAUCCAGCUCUACCCUCUUCAACAACAAGACGUCGUCGUCGUUCUUCGCUUCUUCCACCGGUCACUAA